GGAGCGGAGGUUAGCUUGCUAGCUAGCUGCUGUUAGCAGCUGCUGCUUCGUCAUUUACCAGUCCGGGAGGGAUGCUGCUGCAGGAGGGAGGGGAGUGCUAGGAAUGAUAGCGGUACCGUCCAUUUGGCCUCGGCCCAUCUGCGUGAUGAACGACACCCUCAACCUCCCCGUUAUACCCCUCUCCCCCUCCUCCCUGUUCUCGCAUCCGUUGGGAACCACAGCGGCACGUCUCUGUUCGAGCUGAAUAAUAACACAACCAACAAACCGGGAGCUCUUUAACCACAUAGAUGAAAAUCCCCCCAGCUCCACCGCCCGCCUGCGACUAUCAGUUAGCCAGCCUGCUGUGCUAGGCAGCCUUCCAUCCAGGCACCCAGCUAGCUAGCCGGCUAACAGCUAGCAUCACCCCCCUCCCCCCACUAGCGUCCCUGGCUAACCUGCAUCCUCCAACCGAGCCAUCACAGGCCACCCUGACCCUGCUGCUUCACACCAGCUUUCAUCGCCACUUACAGCGACUAAUCGGUACUGAAGUCACAGCCAGACCUUUAUUCACGUCCCCCCCCCGUUAGAACACGGUGCGUGCCGAGCGGAUGUUGUUAUGUAACAGAUAACGACACCACACGCCCUUGAAACAAAGCUGUUGUUUCAGUGUUUGUUUGUUUGUGUGCGGUGCAGGACUCGAUCAUAACCAAUACAUCGCAGAUGUGGCGCGUUUGUGGUUCCCAAGGCCGCAGCUCUGGAACCGGCUUCUGGUUUUUGUUGUCAUUGGAGGCUCACGUUUGUUUUCCAAGCUUCGGAAAGCGAACCUGUGCACAGUGCAUUGAGGGCACACGUCCAGUCUGCUUCAGCAUCUUCUGCUCCUACUGUCUGAGCUCAGAGAGCUGACAGGGCACAUUCUGAGCCACAGUCACAACAGGGAAUGCUGACUCACCGCCGGAGCGCCUGAAUACGGGGAGGAGGAGAAGAAGUCGGAGAGAACGAGAGAGCGAAGAAACCUGUGAAGAAGAGAGUGAAAGAGGGGAGUAAGAAUAAGAAGAGAAGAGGAGGGGAGCAAGACAGAAGGCAGAGAGAGAAAGUUGGGUUGGGUCAGCGGAGGGAGACGAGGAAAGAGAAAGUGAUUGUGGGAAAGAGAGAGGGACACCACAACUCAGUAGGGACCUGAGGUCAGGUGAGAGAAGGCACAGGUAGGUCGGAGGUCGAGACGGAGAGCUGACUGAGCUAACCCUCCAACAACUGCCCCUUCACGGUCACCACACUGGGAGAGCUGGGAGAACUGGUGACAAGGAGAAGCCACCAUGAGCGACCAGAACGUCGUCAAGGAAGGCUGGGUCCAGAAAAGAGGUGAGUACAUCAAGAACUGGCGACCGCGCUACUUCCUGCUGCAGACAGAGCCGCUUUUUGUGGCGACACAAAGAAAAAGGCCCCAAGACUCUGACCUGGCCUACCCGCUCAACAACUUCUCUGUAGCAAAAUGUCAGCUGAUGAAGACGGAGCGGCCCAAGCCGAACACCUUCAUCAUCCGCUGUCUGCAGUGGACCACCGUUAUUGAGAGGACUUUUCACGUUGACACUCCUGAUGAGAGGGACGAGUGGGCCGAGGCCAUCCAGAUGGUAGCGGAGUCACUGGCCAAGCAGGAGGAGGAGGGCAUCCUGUGCAGUCCCACCUCCCAGACCGAGAACGUCAAUGAGGAGGAGAUGGACACCUCCAUCAGCCACUACAAACGAAAGACAAUGAACGACUUUGACUAUCUGAAGCUUCUGGGCAAAGGCACUUUUGGGAAAGUCAUUCUGGUGAGGGAGAAGGCGAGCGGCACCUACUACGCCAUGAAGAUCCUGAAGAAGGAAGUUAUUAUUGCCAAGGAUGAAGUUGCUCACACACUCACAGAAAGUAGGGUAUUAAAGAACACUCGACAUCCGUUCCUAACUUCUCUGAAGUACUCGUUCCAGACUAAGGACCGGCUGUGCUUUGUAAUGGAGUACGUCAACGGAGGCGAGCUGUUCUUCCACUUAUCAAGGGAAAGGGUUUUUUCUGAGGACCGCACUCGUUUCUAUGGCGGUGAGAUCGUCUCAGCUCUCGACUACCUACAUUCUGCCAAGAUCGUGUACCGGGACCUGAAGCUGGAGAACCUCAUGUUGGACAAAGAUGGCCACAUCAAGAUCACUGACUUUGGCCUCUGCAAAGAAGGCAUCACCGACACUGCCACCAUGAAGACCUUCUGUGGAACACCGGAGUACCUGGCUCCAGAGGUGUUGGAGGACAACGACUACGGGCGGGCGGUGGACUGGUGGGGUUUAGGCGUGGUGACGUACGAGAUGAUGUGCGGCCGCCUGCCGUUCUACAACCAGGACCAUGAGAAGCUGUUUGAGCUGAUUCUCAUGGAGGAGAUCAAGUUCCCACGAACCCUGUCGGCUGACGCCAAGUCGCUGCUGUCAGGCCUGCUCAUCAAGGACCCCAACAAACGGCUCGGCGGCGGGCCGGAUGACGCUAAGGAGAUCAUGCGACACAGUUUCUUUGGCACAAUCGACUGGCAGGAUGUCUACGACAAGAAGCUGGUCCCGCCUUUCCAGCCCCAGGUCAGCUCAGAGACGGACACGCGCUACUUCGACGAGGAGUUCACAGCACAGACCAUCACCAUCACUCCUCCAGAAAAAUGUAAGCAUGUCUAAAACUCUGGGAUUUCA